CUUCUCUCUCUUUCUUCUUUUGACUUUCAGAGACAAUUCACUUUAUUCUUCUUCCUUUUAUGCCUUGCAAUCCAAAAACAGACAAAAAAAAAUCCCUCUUAUAUCUUACGUCCAUAUCUCAUAAUCUCAUAUCCCCAUCUCUUCUAUUCUCUUCCUUCACUCAUCACUCAUCACUCAUCACUCAUCACUCAUCACUCAACAUGCAUACUCUCUAGUCUCUGCACAUUUUCCUAAUGAUUCCUUUUGUUUUGUUCCCUUCUCUUGCUUCUAGCUAGUUAGUACUACCCCUUCAUCACAGGUAUUUCUUCCUUUUCAGGGGUUUCAAAUCAUUGUAAUCUCUUUAACUCAACAAACAUAUCCUAAUAAUUCUCUCAACUACUCAAACCACACUAAUGGCUCAACAGGAAGAAGGGUGGCCAUUGGGGCUGAGGUUAUUGAAUGCAAGAAUCGGAAUGGUGAGAAAUGGCGAUUUAUCAGGAUCAGUCUCAUUCACCACUAUGCUCACUAGUUCCACCACCCCUUCAAUUGAUUCUUCCUCAGAUCUUGAUACUCAGGAGUCCACAGGAACAUUCUUCCAUGACAGGAGCAUCACACUAGGGAGCCUCAUUGGUAUCUCUAGCUUCUUAACACUCUCGAGAAGAUCAACAACAACAACAAUGGAGGAGCCUUCAUCAUCAAAUAAUAAAAAAAAGAAUCAUCACAAGCUGAUGAAACCAUACUGGUUAUUCUCACUUUGUUCAAAGCUAAAUACUGAUGCAGUGAUUCUGCAUAGUGAUGCUGAUGCUCCUUCUCUCGGUCAGUACCUCGAGGCAGAGAGAAGAGCAGCAGCCGCCACCGCCACAAGUAAUAAUCAAAGAAGGAACCAAUGUCAAGAAAUGUAUGUACCUAAUGAUUUUGACACAAUUCAAGAUUCAAAUUCACUAUUUCAUGGAGACCAAGUUGCUGUUCUGUCACCAGAUUCAAUGGAUGAAGAAGAGGAGGCAAAUAAAGAAUGGGAACAAAGCAACAAUAGAUUUGGAGCAACAAUAAUUUUCCCUUGUUUAUGUGGAUAAACCAUUUAAUCUAUUUGAUCUCUUCUUUUACCUUUUUUCUUUUUAAAAAGCAUAUGAUUUAAUUUAAUGAUCCGGAGUUCUUUGGUUGUUACAGCAUAAUCUGAACUUCUUCACAUGUUUGUUCAUAAACUUCCAAUGGAGUUAGAGACCUACAUUUUAUACUCAAUUCAAUCCAAAAUUUGCUUCAGUUGUCAACCCUCAAAAGAUAUUAUAUUCUCUAAUGUUAUUUGUUAAGAGCUUAAAAUAGAACUCAUUGACAAUAAAAUUAAUUGGAGUAUUCUGCAAAGCAAUAAACUAUAUUUUAUGAACAGUCAAGAUAAAUAUGUCAAGAUCUUUCCAGUUUCCAUAUUGCAAUCUAGCAAGCAACCUUAAGGAAUUGAAGUGAACAUUUAAACAUCAACAACUCUAAUUCAGGUGAAAACUUUUCUUCCACCCACAAGGGUGAUGAAUGAAUACAAUCUGUUUUUUACUAUUACAAAUCCAUAGAGGUUUACCACAAUGGAGCUUCAACUUCAGGGCAUAUUAAUAACCUUAAUAUCAUGAAUACUAUACUUUAUAAUUUGGU